GGGGGGGUGUGUUUGCUUAAGUGUUUUGACUUUUGGGUCUUUCAAAAAGUGCGCCCUUGCACCACUCAGGACACGUCUUAAAUGUUCGGCAUCCAGGAGCAUUUGAUGCGAGAAGUGAGCGGAUUAAAAGAGCGAAGUCUUGGAGAGGAGAUGGAUCCGGUCCGCUCUUGGGUGCGAAAUGUCGGCGUGGUGGACGCCAACGUCGCCGCGCAAAGUGGCGUGGCCCUGUCCAGAGCUCACUUCGAGAAGCAGCCUCCUUCCAACCUGCGCAAGUCCAACUUCUUCCACUUCGUGCUGGCGCUCUACGACAGACACGGGCAGCCCGUGGAAGUGGAGAGGACGGCCUUUGUGGACUUUGUGGAGCACGACAAGGAGCAGACGGGAGAAAAGACCAACAACGGCACUCACUACAAGCUCCAGCUCCUCUACAGCAACGGGGUCCGUACGGAGCAAGAUCUUUACGCACGACUUAUCGACUCAGUCACAAAACAGCCGAUAUCGUACGAGGGCCAAAACAAGAAUCCAGAAAUGUGCAGAGUUCUGCUUACGCAUGAGGUCAUGUGCAGCCGCUGUUGUGAGAAGAAGAGUUGCGGCAACCGAAAUGAGACGCCCUCUGACCCAGUCAUCAUUGACAGGUUUUUCUUGAAGUUUUUCUUGAAAUGCAACCAGAACUGUCUGAAGACAGCAGGAAACCCCAGGGACAUGAGGAGAUUUCAGGUGGUCCUGUCCAGCACUGUGAGCGUGGACGGCCACGUCCUCGCCGUGUCUGACAACAUGUUCGUCCACAACAACUCCAAACACGGUCGGCGGGCUCGCAGGCUGGAGCCAGGCGACUCCGCGGACAACACCAUGGAGUAUGCCACCCCUUGUAUCAAAGCCAUCAGUCCCAGCGAGGGCUGGACGACAGGCGGGGCCAUGGUCAUCGUCAUCGGGGAGAACUUUUUCGACGGACUGCAGGUGGUGUUCGGAAGCAUGUUAGUUUGGAGUGAGCUAAUUACGCCGCACGCUAUCCGUGUCCAGACUCCACCUCGCCACAUUCCAGGGGUGGUGGAGGUCACAUUGUCUUAUAAAUCGAAGCAAUUCUGCAAGGGAGCCCCCGGACGAUUCAUCUACACAGCCCUGAAUGAGCCGACGAUAGACUACGGUUUCCAGCGGCUUCAGAAAGUCAUUCCACGGCAUCCCGGUGACCCGGAAAAAAUGGCUAAGGAAAUUUUGCUGAAGAGAGCAGCAGAUCUCGUGGAGGCUCUGUAUGGGAAUCCACACAGUAAUCAGGACAUGUUGCUCAAACGAGCAGCCGACAUCGCGGAAGCCCUCUACAGUGUUCCGCGUCCUCAUAGUCAGCUGCAAGCACUGCCCAGCUCACCAGCGCACGGCAGCGUCAUGGGUUUGGGUUCCUACCCUUCCCAAUUAGGUGUCAGCAUCGGGGAGCCAGGACAGAGCAGCCAAGGUUAUAUUCGCAACUCAAGCAGCUUAUCGCCAAGAGGUUACCCCUCGGCUUCCACGCCUCAGCAGUCAAGCUACGGCGGCGGCGGCGGUAUGACCGGAGGCUAUGGAACCGUUCCUAUGACCACUCUCGGGGUUCCCGGCUCACCUGGCUUCAGCAGCGCUUCCCCAACAGGAUCGUCCUACAUUAUGCCCUCCAGCCCGACCAUACCGGGAAGCUCCAGCUCAUCGUCGUCUCUGUUGCCUUUCUCCUCGUUCCCGUCCGCCGCUAAACAGAAGAGUGCUUUUGCUCCCGUGCUCAGGCCCCAGGGCUCCCCUUCCCCUGCCUGCCCGGCCUCAGGGGGGAACAGCUUCAGAGGUAGCCAUCCGACUCACUAUCUGACCCCGCUCUCUGAACUUACGAAUGCAGUCUAACCACUUCCUCUAACCACGACGAGCUUUGACUGAACGAGAUAAAGAAAGUUGCUGGAUGUGCAGUACGUGAAUGCAAAAUUAGAAUCAUAGAUUUUGCAUAUUUUUUUCUCUCCAGCGAUGACCGGCCUGGUUGUCCACCCGAUGUAGCAAAUCUACCCCAGACCACUGCUUCACUUAGCCCCUCUUUUGGCACUAAGAGGGCAGGGAGAAUGGAAAAUUGAUCAAUAGCAACCACGAAUAACUUGGCUACCUGAGCCCAUCCUGCCAUUUCUUAGUCCUCUUUUACCCAGGCAGAUGAACGGGCAAACUUUAGAAACUAUCCAAAGACAAAACAUCUAUUCCACAGGUAGAGGAGAUUACUUCAAACCCUACCACAGGCAGGCAAUGUUUCUUUGCUAACCGCACUGGACCAUAGCACACUGUGACACGAGGCAAACCGAUUCCAACCACAAGCUUCAAAAGCUCAGUGUUUAGUUCUGGUGUACGAUCACAUGCCAUAUUCUUGAUUCUUCCAACACCUGCCCAAACCUUUGCCAGAGAUGUAUACACGAGCACUGAACAUUCUCAAAUGAUGGACAGCUCUUAUAAGCAGGGUGCUAUUCGUCUUUAUGGACACUUUAAACAGCAUGUGUGUACACUGUCUGUGAGUUUAGCGACACGUUUUUUGUAGUAGACAUUUUGAAGACAAUUUACAUUCCGGAAAAAUAGACCCUUUAUUUUUUUGUUCUGAUCGCUAAGAUUUUACAAGUGAGAAUGUUUUUUUUUUUUUUUCUCUCUCUCUCCUCAAGGUUUAUUACUAAAGGAAUUCAUAUAUUGAUUUAUUUAAGUACAAGCAAUUUAACUUAUUAUAGCUAGUUUAGGGAAUAAUAUAAACAUGUUUUAUAAAAGUGAUUCUUUUCCCAACUGUUGAUUAACUUUGUUCAACAACAAUGCCAUCCGAUGAGACAUUUUUGAUUGCGUGUGGAUUUCAUAGCAAGAAUUGGAAUCACACAUCCCCAGUUUGCAAGCUCUUUGCAUAACGAGGAUUAAUGUUAUGCAUUGAGUCACACCAUAAAAGGUUAUUGUCCUCGUGUAAAGGGCAAAAUGUUUUUAUUUCAUGUGUAACACAUGCUUUGUUGAACCAACGCAGCGCUGUAAUUAUGUCAUCCUACAUUGCAAAUUGGACUCAAAAGCAUCACAUUACGAUUUUCAGCUUCAUUCAGCAGGUAUCUGCAGAGCACAUGUGAGUCACUAGGCAGUACAGUAAACGAAAGCACAAUAAAAGGCAUCAGUACAUCACGGGUGGAAACGUAUUAUUCUGUUUUAGCCGCUGAUACUAAACUGCGACACGAACGCCACUCUCAGGAUGUGAAAAGGAAAAACAACACACACAGAGUCGAGAACAUUUAUUGCUUUUCAAGUUUGGUUAAGUUUAUUUAUUACAAAAAUAUUAGCAACUUUAAUAUUGUUUUCAACCCAUCUUUCUUUAAAACGGUACAAACAUGGUGCAAAUGUGAUUUGUAUAUCCCAAGGUGUAAUUAUAUUUUGUGCUCCGAAUAAAACAAUGAAGCAAAUCA